CGGUCUACAACUGCACCCUCCGAAGAACGCAGCUGCUGGAUUUGUUGAGUUUCGUUACUCAGAAAAGGCUCUUCAGACGAAAGAAAGACAUGGACCCGAAGACAGCAGUCGCCGUUGGAAUAGGAGCAGGAGCAGGAGCAUUGGUGGGUGUUAUCGGGGCUCCUUUUGUUCUGGGAGCCAUAGGCUUCACCUCAGCUGGCAUAGCAGCAGGUUCCUAUGCUGCUGGCAUGAUGUCGGCUGCUGCAGUUGCUAAUGGAGGAGCAGUGGCAGCAGGAAGCACCGUGGCUGUUUUGCAGGCAGCAGGUGCAGCUGGUCUGUCAGGAGCUGCCACUGCAGCUGUGUCGGGUGUUGGUGCAGCAGUGGGAUGGCUGGUCAACUUAAUCCGCAGAAACGAAACAAGUUAAAUGAACUAUAUUUAUUAUUUUGCCAACUAAAGGCACUAAACAGCACUUUUGUGUUUUCUGACAACUGAAAUGUUUUUGUUCUCUGCUUCCUGCACCAUCAAUCCUAUCAAGCUCUUCACUACAUUUAUGGACAUAACAUCAACUCCUGCAUAUGCCAUUAUAUCUGGAGCUUCCUGUGUUAAAGGAGACCUUGGGUUAAGUCCCAGGGAUGUCUUAUCACACUGGCUGUUCUCAUCAUAAACCAACGUUGUCACAGCCUUGUAAAAAAAUAAACCUGUGUCUGACA